AUGUCAUCAUUAUCAUCACCAUCUUCUAUUCAACUAUCCGAAUUACCUAAGAUUACUCGUAUCACAAAACCACCAUUAACAGCUGAAGAAGAAAAAUUAGCAAAAUCAACUAAACAGUCGUUUUCAUCUUCACCUCUAUCACAACAAGACUAUUUACAAAUUUUUAAAAAUUUAACUGUAUUAUUUAUUGGCGAUAAUUUUAUACGGACCUUAUUUCGUGGUUUCUGUGAAGAAAUUUUACUAUCAGAAGGCAAACUCUAUACAAAUGAAUAUCGUGACAUUCAUAAAUUUUAUUUAAGUAAUACUUCAACUACAUUAAUAUAUGUAUAUCUACCUACAAUACUAAAUGAUAAUUUUAUUCAUGAAUUAAAAUUCAUAAAAGAUCAUAUUUCAUCAUUAUCAAUUGAUAUAAUAAUUUUCCGUUCAUAUAAUUCCGACAUCAAUGAACAAAAAUUAUCUCAAUCAACAUUAUCAUUUAAUGAGUAUUUCAAUAACUAUUGUUUCAAAUUAACAUAUUUCAUAAAUUACUUGAAUCGUUUUUUGCGAAACAUCAAUUCAAAAGGCUGUAAUAUGUACUGGAUGUCACCAUUGCCUCAUUAUCAACACUUUUCAGUUGAAAAACAAAAUGAAUUUCAAUCUAUAAUUCAAAGAACAGACUACAUCAUUGAAAAUGAUGAUUUUGUUAAAUUUGAUCUCUUUGAUAUGUGGACACGUCGCAAGGAUUUGUUGAUACCAUCUACUCCUUAUUUUUCUUUGCACGGCGUGCGUGAAAUUAUGGAUUCGUUGUCACGUAUUAUAGGGCAAAAAUAUAAUCGAACAUUUACACCAUCUAUUACCAUGCCUUCAUUACCAACAGCAAAUGAAAAUAAAAAUUCUUCUUUUUCUUCUUCUUCUUCUAAUCUACAAUGGCCUAAAGCUCCUUCAUAUUCUUCAUCAUCAAAUCGUUAUCAUCCAUAUCAACAUUAA